AUGAAGGUGAAAAUAACGAGCUCAAGGAUCGUGAAGCCUUCAUAUGAUGCAAAAGCUCCUCUCACAUCCGCCCACGUGCCAUUAUCCAUCUUCGACAAGGUCACCUACGACCAACAUGUUGCAGUUAUCUACGCCUACCGCCCCCCGACCCCACCAAACUCAAUCAUCGAGCAUGGGCUGAAAAGGGUAUUGGCCGUGUACCGUGACUGGGCCGGGAGACUCGGUAAGGACCCCAAUGGCGAGCCUGUUAUUCUUCUCAACGAUGAGGGGGUUCGGUUCGUGGAGGCAUCGGUUGACCGUGCUCUAGACGAGACUGUGAAUUCCGGGCCCACGGCAUCCCUUUUGAGCCUUCACCCGGCCCUGGAGGGCAUUGUGGAGCUCGUCCAGGUCCAGGUCACAAGGUUCUCGUGCGGGUCCAUGGUGGUAGGCUUCACAGCACACCACCUCGUGGCCGAUGGGCACGCCACCAGCAACUUUCUAGUCGCGUGGGGUCGUGCAUGUCGCGGGCUUGGGAUCACCCCAGUGCCGUUCCACGGCCGCACGACGUUCUCCCCUCGAAGCCCUCCGGAGAUCAGUUACGAACACAAAGGGGUAGAGUACGUAGCUAAAAACUUCAAGAAGGCGUACCCAUUGAUUAAUAACAGUACUGUUGAUGAUAUCGUGGCACACAGAGUGCACUAUAGUGCCAAGUUUCUUUCCAAGCUCAAGGCCAGGGCCUCUUCGGCAAACGGAAUGGGUAAAAGGCCCUUUAGCACGUUCGAGAGCCUCGUGGCCCAUCUUUGGAGAGCGAUAACUAGGGCACGCGGCUUGUGCGGAGCGGAAACCACCCAGGUUAGGGUUUCGGUUGAUGGCCGUGCCCGGUUGAACCCAAGGGUGCCAGAUGAGUAUUUCGGAAAUUUGGUACUGUGGGCGUUCGCAAGAGCCAAGGUUGAGGAUCUUCUGAGGGAGCCUCUUUCGUAUGCGGCUAGGGUUUUGCACGAGGCCGUUGGUAAAGUGAACGACAGGUAUUUCAAGUCGUUCAUCGACUUUACGAAUCACAAUGUGAGAAAGGAGGAUCUCGUGCCCAAUGCAGAGUCCGACAUGAAUGAGUCGAUAUUAUGGCCGAAUUUGGAGGUUGAUAGCUGGCUGGGGUUCCCGUUUUACGAUCUGGAUUUUGGGUGCGGGGGCCCAUUUGUUUUCAUGCCCUCCUUCUCUCCAACUGAGGGGAUGAUUUUUCUUCUCCCGUCCUUUAAUAGAGAUGGAAGCAUCGACGUUUUCGUACCUCUGUUUCGGGAGAAUUUGGAGGCUUUCAAACAAAUCUGCUAUUCUAUGGAGUAG